UCUCACACACACGCUCCGCCUUAAUUCCGCCAACUCCAGGAUCAGCGCGCAUCACCAGAGAGAGAGAAAGAUAGAGAGACCUUGUGGCACUCAGUGCUUGUGUUUGAGAGAGAGUUAACCACUGUCAAAGCCGAUUACAGUUACCGGGUCUGUGAUUCUGUCAUCGUCUGUGCACUUGAGGGUUCUCCCCGUUUGUGAACGACACGCCUCUCUUAUUCUCCUUUCUUGUUUGUUGUUGUUUAUUUACAGAAGCGUGUUUUUGACAGCGAGAAGCAUGGAUUUAUUUUAGCGACUGUGGGAGUCGGACAGAUGUACUAUGAGUUCCUCUGCAGAAGCGCUCCCGUCAGCGGGGCAACUUUUCCGUGCGCCACGGCGCCCUUGAUCCACGCGUAUCUCGGUGCCAAAGUUUACACGCAAGCCCUCCAUGCAUGCGACGAUGGGCUCGCGGUGAAAGCACCAUAGUCCCACUUUGUUCUCUCUUCCAAACCGAACGGCGAAAAUGCAGAAGAGCGUCCGCUACAACGAAGGACACGCGCUGUUUCUGUCGGUGGUCGCGCGUAAAGAGGGGACUAAGCGCGGCUACCUGUGCAAGAAGACAGCGGAGAACAGUCGAUGGCACGAGAAGUUCUUCGCCCUCUACCAGAAUGUACUGUUCUACUUCGAGAACGAGCAGAGCGCGCGACCUGCAGGGAUUUACCUGUUGGAAGGAUGCACCUGCGAGCGCACGCCGGCGCCAAAGAUGUCCACCACUGGGAAGGAGGCGCUGGAGAAACAGCACUACUUCCUGAUCGUGUUUGGCCACGAUGGACAGAAGCCUCUGGAGCUGCGGACGGAGGAGGAGAGUGAGUGCGACGAAUGGGUGGAGGCCAUCCAGCAGGCGAGUUACUCUGACAUCAUCAUUGAACGUGAGGUGCUGAUGCAGAAAUACAUCCACCUCGUGCAGAUUGUGGAGACUGAGAAGGUGGCUGCCAAUCAGCUGCGCACCCAACUAGAAGAUCAGGACACUGAAAUUGAGAGGCUCAAAGCAGAGAUUGUAGCUCUGAACAAAACUAAGGAGCGAAUGCGGCCUUACCAUGUCAACCAUGAAAAUGAAGAUCCAGAUAUCAAAAAGAUCAAAAAGGUGCAGAGCUUCAUGCGGGGCUGGCUCUGUCGGAGGAAGUGGAAGAUCAUCGUUCAGGACUAUAUCUGCUCUCCUCACGCUGAGAGCAUGAGGAAGAGGAACCAGAUUGUCUUCAACAUGGUGGAGGCAGAGACAGAGUACGUCCACCAGCUCUACAUCCUGGUCAACUGUUUCCUCAGACCUCUGAGGAUGGCUGCCAGUUCCAAGAAACCCCCCAUCAGCCACGAUGACGUCAGCAGCAUCUUCCUCAACAGCGAGACCAUUAUGUUCCUACAUGAGAUCUUCCAUCAAGGCUUGAAGGCGAGGAUAGCCAACUGGCCAACUUUGGUGCUGGCUGACCUGUUUGACAUCCUGCUGCCCAUGCUGAACAUCUAUCAGGAGUUUGUGCGCAACCAUCAGUACAGCCUGCAGGUUUUGGCCAACUGUAAGCAGAACAGAGACUUUGACAAGCUGCUGAAACAGUACGAGUCUAACGCUGCCUGUGAGGGGAGGAUGCUGGAGACCUUUCUCACAUACCCUAUGUUCCAGAUUCCUCGCUACAUCAUCACCUUGCAUGAGUUGUUGGCGCACACGCCUCACGAGCAUGUAGAGCGCAAGAGUCUAGAAUUUGCCAAGUCCAAAUUGGAGGAACUGUCGAGAGUCAUGCACGACGAGGUCAGUGACACUGAGAACAUCAGGAAGAACCUGGCUAUAGAGAGGAUGAUAGUGGAGGGCUGUGACAUCCUCCUUGACACAAGCCAGACCUUUGUGAGGCAGGGCUCUCUGAUCCAGCUGCCGUCAGUGGAGCGAGGGAAACUGAGUAAGGUCCGCCUCGGCUCUCUCUCCCUGAAGAAGGAAGGGGAAAGACAGUGCUUCCUCUUCACCAAACAUUUCCUCGUCUGUACACGCAGCUCUGGUGGAAAACUGCACCUCCUCAAGCAAGGCGGAGUCUUGUCCCUGAUUGACUGCACGCUCAUAGAGGAACCAGAUGCCAGUGACGAGGAGUCUAAAGCAGGCGGUCAGGUUUUUGGCCAGCUGGACUUCAAGUUGGUGGUGGAGCCGUCAGACUCGCCUUCGUUCACGGUGGUGUUACUGGCACCGUCACGGCAGGAGAAGGCAGCGUGGACCAGCGAUAUUAGCCAGUGUAUAGAUAACAUCCGCUGUAAUGGCUUGAUGACCAGUGUAUUUGAGGAGAACUCUAAAGUCACUGUGCCUCAUAUGAUCAAAUCCGAUGUGCGUCUCCAUAAAGAUGAUGUUGACAUUUGCUUCAGCAAGACGCUCAACUCCUGCAAGGUCCCCCAGAUCCGCUACGCCAGCGUGGAGCGGCUGCUGGAGAGGCUGACAGAUCUGCGCUUCCUCUCCAUCGACUUCCUCAACACCUUCCUGCACACGUACAGGAUCUUUACCACGGCAACGGUCGUCAUGGACAAACUGGCCGACAUCUACAAGAAGCCCUUCUCGUCGAUACCUAUCAGGGCACAGUACCACUCAUUUGAUCGUCUGUCCAUCUCAUCCAUGUGUCCUGACUACAGUAUGAAGAUCAAGAAGAUAGCCGUGGACCAGUCCAAGUCUCUGGAGCUUUUCUUUGCCACCAAUCAGAAUAACAGAAGUGGUGAGCACACAAAUGACAAAUCACCUCGUCUCUGCCGCAAGUUCUCCUCUCCGCCUCCUCUGUCCAUCCCUUCCCGCACUUCCUCUCCCGUCCGUACACGAAAGCUCUCCCUCCACUCCCCUAUCACUGGCAGGGUCGGAGGGCUCGACCUGACCAGUCCCCUGUCAAACUCCAGCACUAACCAUAGCACUUCCCAGUCUGCUGCCAGUAGCCCCACAUCUGCCCACACCCCCCAAACCCCCACGCCUCAGACUCCCACUCCAACCACCUCCUCUCCGUCUCCUCCUCUCUCCUCUACCUCUCCACCGCCAAACAAUUCCAAGCCACCACAAGAACAAGCUCCUCCCAUUCCCUCGUCUCCGGAUCAGAGUCCUUGCUCAACUACCGAAGGGGAGGAGGUGCAAAAGAUCGACCCUUUCUGCGGCAAACUGAGAAGGAGCAUCCGCAGAACUGUGCUCGAGUCUGUGUCACUGGAGAAAAUUAUCCCUGAGUCUCCUCAGACCAGUGAAGCAGGAGACAUGUCUCCAUGUCGCUCCCCUUCUACACCUCGGCACCUCCGCUACAGACAGCCUGGAGUCCAGUCCGGGGAGAACUCACGCUGUCCAGUCUCUCCUGCUUCAGCGUUCGCUAUCGCCACCGCUGCAGCAGGCCAUGGUUCACCACCAGUGUUUACUAACUCUGAAAGAACUUGUGAUAAAGAUUUCAUCAUCCGCCGCGCUGCAACUAACAGAGUUCUCAACGUGCUGAGGCACUGGGUCUCCAAACACUCGCAGGACUUUGAGAUGAAUGGGGACCUGAAGAUGUCGGUGAUCUGUCUCCUGGAGGAGGUGCUGAGAGAUCCGGACCUCCUGCCUCAGGAGAGGAAAGCUACUGCCAACAUAUUAAGUGCCCUUUCUCAGGACGAGCAGGAUGAUGCCCAGCUGAGGAUAGAGGAUAUCUUACAGAUGGCUGACUGUCCGAAGGCCGAGUGUUUCGAGUCUCUCUCUGCGAUGGAGCUGGCGGAGCAGAUCACGCUGCUGGAUCACAUCGUCUUCAGGAGCAUUCCUUAUGAAGAGUUCCUCGGCCAGGGCUGGAUGAAGGUGGAUAAGACAGAGAGGACGCCCUACAUCAUGAAAACCAGCCAACACUUCAAUGAUAUGAGUAACCUGGUGGCAUCACAGAUCAUGACCCACACAGACGUAGGCUCGAGGGCCAGCUCCAUAGAGAAGUGGGUCGCUGUGGCUGACAUCUGCCGCUGUCUCAACAACUACAACGGAGUUCUGGAGAUUACAUCUGCACUCAACCGCAGCGCCAUCUACCGCCUGAAGAAGACCUGGGCUAAAGUCAGCAAACAGACUAAAGCGCUGAUGGACAAACUGCAGAAGACUGUGUCCUCUGAGGGGAGGUUUAAAAAUCUGAGGGAAACCUUAAAAAACUGCAACCCUCCAUGUGUGCCAUACCUGGGAAUGUAUCUAACAGACCUGGCCUUUAUUGAGGAGGGAACUCCUAAUUUUACAGAGGAGGGUCUCGUUAACUUCUCCAAAAUGAGGAUGAUAUCACACAUCAUCAGAGAGAUCCGACAAUUUCAGCAGACUCCGUACAGAAUAGAGCAUCAAGCCAAGGUGACCCAGUACCUCCUGGAUAAGACUCUGAUCAUGGAUGAAGAC